AUGUCUAACUUCAAAUGUCUGAAUGAUUUAAGUCCUACCUUCAAACGAGACCUUAGUGGGUCAGUGAGUACUGUACUCGAUUUAACUUUUACCAACACUGACUGUACAACGAAUUGGAGUACUGAGCCUAUGCUUCCUGCUGGCAGUCAUCAUUACCCAAUAGUAAUUGAAAUUGUGGAGGUUAACCCUAGGGUGAAAACAUUUUUGGCUAAGGGAAAAUUGCUAUCUGCACUGAAGGAGGUGAAUUUUGACCCCAAUAUGAAUGAAAUUGAAUCAGUAUUUGAAUAUGAAAUAAAACAUGCCACUUAUGAACUGAAGGACAGAAGAACUCCUAAGGCUUGGUGGAAUAAUGAUUUGGUGAAAUUAUUUCGACUUCAGCUUGCAGCUCGUAAAAAAUGUGACAAAUACCCGACAGUGGACAACUUUAAUGAGGCGACGUCUGCAAUAUCGGUUUGGAAGGAGGCUGUUAUUACUGCGAAAAGGAAAUCCUAUGAGGAACAAAUUCGAAAACUGAAUGAACAUCCUAACUCUAGGGAAGCCUGGCGCUUUGUUGGCAGUAUUAAUGGUGGCAACACGCGUAUCUCAUCCCCUUGGAAUAACGACAACAACCAACUUUACUUACAAUUUUUAAAGGGGCAAGUUCCUGUAGAUGAUUCUUCUAACUGUACCCAUGUGAUACCAGAUGUCAACAUUACUCGUGCAUGGGAUGAUGGUAACCCUGCGUUUACUUUUGAGGAACUUCAGCAUGUUCUACACAACAAAACUGGAAAGUCUGCUGGUGGAGUGGAUAAAAUCACAUAUGAUAUGAUCCGUGCGCUUCCGGACUAUGCUAAAUGCUCCCUUUUAACUGCUUUGAAUGAUGCUUUUUUGGAAUCUAACGUUAGCGAAAAGUGGAGGACGAUUAAGAUAGUACCAAUACCGAAAAAGGACAAGGACUUGUCGAACUAUGAAACUUUCCGUCCAAUUGCUUUGAUAUCUGUAUUACUCAAAAUUGUCAACAUGAUGAUUAAAGAGAGAAUGACUGAAUUCAUCAACGACAACUCCAUUAUUCCUGAAGGAAGCUUUGCCUACAGAAAAGGAAAAUCAUCGUCCAUGUGUUUGAAUGACUUCUUACACAAUGCUGCAACACUAAAGCAUAAAGGCUUUAAGGUCAUUAUUUUAGUCCUUGAUAUAAGCAAUGCUUAUAACUGCAUGAGCAUCUCUAUUUUGAUGAGAAUUUUAAACAGCCUUCAAAUUCCUGAAAUAUAUGUGGAAUGGAUUACAAAUUUCUUAUCGAAACGUACUCUGAAAUUGGGCGACAAAACUAUUACGGUUGACAAUGGGCUUCCACAAGGAAGUUGCUUAUCUCCAGUGCUUUUCAACUUGUACACAGGAAGGUUACAUGAAAUUCAAGAUGACAAUACCUUACUGUAUCAAUUUGCCGAUGACUUUACGAUUGUAUCAUUUGAUAAAGAUUUUGAUUUGGCUGUCGAAAAUUUGAGGUCCAAAAUGUACCAACUAUGUACCUUGCCAAAGGAAGCAUAA